AUCCAACUCGCACCUCUUCCUGCGCAAUGCUCGUGCGUGACGAGAGCAUGGGCAGGAGACUGCCGCCAAUAACGGAAAGUUGAGCGACUCCCCCCCCCCUCCACCCAUUCUGCUGCUGCGCGGAGCCAAGCGCUCUCCGUGCGCGCGCUCGGCACUCGGAAAGCGGGGACAACGGGAGAGAGAGAGAGGAGAGAGUGCCAGAUCUAAUUUCUCGAUUGCAUGCCCCGUCCUAUAGUUCUACGCGAACGAUUUACGCAUAGCGACAGUUGCUCUCAUACGCGCGUUUUUGUUGCGUUUCUGCAAAAUCCACACACACACGCACACGCCCCACGCCAUAACAACCUGCAUGGGCAGAGCGCAGCAGCCCAGCUCUUCCAAAUCGCACGCCGCUCAGCUGUAGCGGAGCCAACCCAAAAACAAAUUUCCACCGCCAGCCCGUAGACGAUUCAUCCGAGGCCCGUCCAAGUUGAAAAUCCUCGCCGCACACCAUGGCCACGCUCAGGAACAAGCUGUCGGGCGUUGCCUCGGAGGUGAAGGCGAAGUCGACGUCCAAAGUCAGUGGCCUCUUCGCGCGCGCCGGGUUCCAGGCGACCACAGACGAGGAAGGGGUGAGCUUCGCCCAGUGCGACGUGCUCGACUACGACCACCGCCACGGGCUCAUGGAGAUGGACACCCUCAAGGGAGACGGUGCCGGUCCCAGCGGCGAGGGUGACGCCGGCGAGGGUGGCUGCGAGGCGGCUGCGGGCGGUGACGCUGGAGAGGGCGAGCUGUACCAGCAGGGAGGGCGCCCGGUGAAACGCAACAGCGGCGGCGGCGGCGGCGGUGGCGAUGGGGGAGGCUGCGGAGAAUUCGGCUACACCGAGGACGGGAAGCCACAGAUCACAUCGUGGGACGCCGGGUGGAACGUCACCAAUGCCAUCCAGGGCAUGUUCGUGCUCGGCCUGCCGUACGCCAUCCUGCACGGGGGCUACUUGGGCCUCUUCCUCAUGACGUUCGCCGCCGUGGUGUGCUGCUACACGGGGAAGAUCCUCAUCGCGUGCCUGUACGAGGAGGACGAGGACGGGCAGCUGGUGCGAGUGCGCUCGUCCUACGUGGACAUCGCCAACGCGUGCUGCUCCCCGCGCUUCCCGCGUCUCGGCGGCGUCGUGGUGAACGCGGCUCAGCUCAUCGAACUCCUCAUGACGUGCGUCCUCUACGUGGUGGUGAGCGGCAACCUCAUGUACAACAGCUUCCCGAACGUGCCCAUCUCGCAGCGCUCCUGGUCGGUGAUCUCCACCGUCGUUCUGCUGCCGUGCGCCUUCUUGCGCAACCUCAAGGCCGUCUCCAGGUUCAGCCUCCUGUGCUCGCUCACGCACUUCGUCAUCAACUUCCUCGUCAUCGGCUACUGCCUCACCAGGGCCAGGUACUGGGCCUGGGACAAGGUCAAGUUCUACAUCGACGUCAAGACGUUCCCGGUGUCCAUCGGCAUCAUCGUGUUCAGCUACACGUCGCAGAUUUUCCUGCCGUCGCUCGAGGGCAACAUGAAGAAGCGAGAGGAGUUUCACUGCAUGAUGAACUGGACGCACGUGGUGGCGUGCGUUCUCAAGUCCAUGUUCGCCCUGCUCGCCUUCCUCACGUGGGCCGACACGACCCAGGAGGUGAUCACGGACAACCUUCCGGCCACCUUCAGGGCCGUGGUCAACAUAUUCCUGGUCGCCAAGGCUCUCCUCUCCUACCCGUUGCCCUUCUUCGCCGCCGUCGAGGUCUUCGAGAAGUCGUUCUUCGCCGACACGAGGGAAGUGCUCUUCCCAAGUUGCUACGCGAUCGAGGGUCGACUCAAGAGCUGGAGCCUCGGCCUGCGGUGCUUGCUGGUGGUCAGCACGCUGCUCAUGGCCAUCUACAUCCCCCAUUUCGCUCUGCUCAUGGGCCUCACUGGGAGCCUCACGGGCGCCUCGCUCUCGUUCCUGCUGCCCUGCCUCUUCCACCUGCGCCUCAUGUGGCGACAGCUCAAGUGGCACCAGGUCUUCUUCGACGUGUCCAUCUUCGCCGUCGGCUUCAUCUGCAGCCUCUCUGGUUUAAUCAACUCGGUGCAGGGAUUGGUCGAGGCGUUUCAAAGCGACGAGGACGAGUGAGUCGCAUUUGGUAGCGGCACUCUGCACGAGCGUGUACUUUAGCGCAAAGUCAACGAGCUGAGUACGGAACCUAGCGAAAGGCCAGGUCUUAAUGUAUAAGGCGCGGUGAGUAAGUUCGGUAUUGUAGCCACGGCAGGAGAGAUGAAACCUGUACAGAAUCAGAUUCUUCUAUAUGAAUAAUUUAAAUGGGAACUAGAAAAAUUUACGUGUUAUCUCGGUGCAAAAGAAAAGACACUACGUUCAUGUUUUUUUUUGCAAUUGCUUAUAUCGUAUAAUGUAAAAUAAAAAAAAAAGUGUAAAGUGCACAUUUUAUUGUUGUUCCAAUGCAGCCUCUGUUUUCAAAUGAAUGUGGUGCAAUCGGUGUUAUGGGACAAGUCUGUGUAUCAUAAACCAGAAAUAAAGCCGUGUGAAAAUUU